AUGGUCUAUGAUUGGGACGCCCACGAGAAGCUAUGUUUCCAGCUGUACAUCAACGAGAAGAAGUCCCUCGAGGACAUAAUGGAUUACCUCAAAAUCCACCAUAACUUCGCACCCUGCAAACGAGCCUUUCAAGCACAGUUCCGUAAAUGGGACUUCCCCUCGAAACAGAACCCCGCCUACAAGAACGACCGCCUCGUCGCCCGCAUCAAGGAACUAUGGGAGCGCAACCUGUCGCAGAAGGAGAUGCUGGCGGUCCUGAAGGAAGACGGCUUUGAAAUCAAGAAGCGCGAGCUGAUCCGCGUGAGGACCAAAAACCGAUGGCUGUUGAAGGUCGCGAACGGCGAGCGGUCCAAGGACUCGCCAGAACCCAGCUCGCAACACCCGCUGAUGACCGACGAGUCUUUCGAGAGCCGGGACAAUGGCCAACGGCUGUCACGUGCGGCAGGGGAUAUGACCCCGGAUACCUUGACAGACCACGAGUUUCUGGGCACUCUGUCGAACGAGGUCGGCACUGCCUGGGAUCAGGACAAUAACAGGAGAAAAAGGCGGCGGCUGAAGGCCUGGGAGGCUGCAUCGCAAAACGAGUCUAUCGCCCCGCGAUUCCCUUCCGAAACCACCCUCGACGAGGCAAAAGUCAUCCUCGGCCUGGCCAACGACGUCUACCGACAGGUACGGGCCACGUUUGCGCGGCUCUGUGAAGAGUCGAGUAUCGUCAAGAAGACCAUCGCCGGCCCAGACAGAUGGGACGCUGUCAAGAGCCGCCUGAUCCAGGAGACACCGCAGCUUCAAGCCGUGAUGUGGCAGUCUAGGGAUAAUCACGAGUCCAAGGUGUUGGCGCUCGACGUCAUAUGCACGGACAUCACAAAACGAAUGCGGACGCUGGAUAAGCGGAUCACUCUAGCAGAGGCAAAGAACAUCAUCGGCAUCAAUCCCGAGGAGGCGAGAGACCUCCGCGCCGCGUUUGAUAAGCUCCUGAGGGACGAGGGCCUCAGCUCCAAAUCGGAAGCCGGCCCUGCGCAAUGGGACGACCUCAAGAGGAGGUGGGUGGAUCAGUCAGACCUCAUCCAGCGCAUUCUCGCCCUCGGGGCCGGCGAUCCUGCCUACGCCCAAAAGGUGCGGGCAUUGGAUCUCAUCGCUCGGGACGUGAUGAAGCGUUUGCGGGACGACAUUUCAAGGAGGGACCAGCCGAGGAAACGGAGCCCCGCCGGAGCGGCCCGGUCGGACGGCGACGAGGCCCAGCACGAGCAGAACCAGAACGUGCUGGCGGUUCAAACUACACAACCGGAAAUCACUGAUGGUUUACAGCACCAAAGCGACUUGGGUAGCCAGUACGGCAACUCUGGCCAGGUGUCGUCCAUGGUCUUGGUGCCCAGCUCGGGGGAUACUCAGGGGCAGAUGCUGAUGCCGGUGUCCAUGCAACCGCAGGCCGCUGCCGGCGACCAGAUGGGGCACCCCGCCGCGCGGAUCUUGUCUUCGGCGCUUCUGGCGCAGACCAACAUGGCACUCGAUGCCCACCUGGGCUCCUCUCUCCUGCUGGUCGCCAACGCACAAGCGGCCUUCGUCGACCACCAGUACGCGCACCAGUUCGCGACCGCGCCGCCGCCGCCGCCGCCUGUGUUCCACACGCCGGCGCCGACAAGCGUGGUGGCCGUCUACCUGCGGCUGCACCCGUCGUCCACGUUCGUGGUGAACGCGAACCUGUGGAUCGCGACGCUCAGCUCGCACUCGGUGCAGGAGCUGCGGCACGUGGCGGCCAGCAAGUUCCCCGGGUGCAUCUGUCUGAGGGUCGAGGGCGUGCUCAAGGACGGGAAGGGCGGGGAGAUGCCUCUGCAGAUCGACCAGGACCCGGAACUGGCGGCUUACGUAGCGCACCUGCAAGGCGCUACCCCGACCUUCAAUGUACAGCUCGUCCCCGUGUGGAAGGCGGGCUGA